UUAGUUGAAUUAUUUGUGCCGGCCAUGACCAUAUUAUGCAUUAUAUAUCUUCACCCUAAUUUACUCUCAUCGCAAUAACCUACUCAUGCAAGAUCAUUAGUAGUACCAGUAGUUGCACUAGAAGCAAACAAUAUAAAUCGGUGGCGGCGGCGGCGAAUAUGGAGGAGGAGCAGAUGGCACAGUUGCGCGAGAUCUUCCGAUCGUUUGACGGCAACAAAGACGGCAGCUUGACCGAGCCGGAGUUGGGGUCACUGCUGCUGUCGCUUGGGCUGAAGCCGAGCCAUCAGCAGCUGCAGGCUCUGAUUCGAAAGUCGGAUACCAACCACAACGGAUUGGUCGGGUUCUCGGAGUUCGUGGCGCUGAUGAGGCCGGACCUCAAUGGACUCUUACAAGACGACGCCAGGUGCCCGUGUUCGUACAGUGAGGAUCAGUUGAGGGAGAUGUUCAGCAUGUUCGACAGGGACGCCAACGGGUACAUCAGCCCGGCGGAACUGGCCCACUCGAUGGCCAAGCUGGGCCACCCACUCACGGUUCAGGAGUUGUUCGGCAUGAUGAACGAGGCGGAUACCGACCGCGAUGGCCGUAUCGAUUUUCACGAGUUUUCCAGGGCCAUCACCUCAGCCGCUUUCCUUAAUAUCAAUGCUUAAUUGAGUGCAUAUUUUGAUGAUGAAUGAAUCAGUAUUAUUCAAAUAGCAACAAGUUCAUAUGCAUCAUGCAUGUAUUGUAAUUAUUUCCAGAAAUUAAUGAGUAGGUUUUU